AUGCUCGCAAAUCAGCACCCACUUCUCAUAACAGGCAUUUCUGGGGCUCUAGCUGAGAUGACUGGUGCGUGCAUUCGUCUCCCAAUGGAGGUACUCAAGCAGAGGAUGCAGACAGGUCGAUAUGAGAACCUUAGAGUUGCCCUGCGAUCGACUAUCAAAUCACCACUGGGCUUCAUCAAUGGCCGAGUGUUCGUAGCUCAGACCAUUCUGCAUGACAUCCCCUUUGGGAUCAUCCAAUGGACAGCUUUCGAGACUAUUACCCACCGAGUUGAGACUAAGAGAAGCAAUGAUGGAUCUACUGGACCGUGGGUCCAUCUAGCAGCUGGAACACUGUCAGGAUCGAUAGCGGCUGUACUCACGAACCCGAUGGAUGUCGUGAAGACUAGAGUCGUCACCACGCCGAUGAGUGAGGGAACACCGGCUAUAUCUAGCGUCAUACGAUCAAUCCACGCUGAGGGUGGUGCUAGGGGAUUCCUUAGAGGUUCCCUGUUGAGGCUACUGCAUGUUGCCCCCAGUAAUGGGGUCUAUCUUGCCUUGUUCAGCUUUCUAAACUCCACCCUUGCUAAUAUUGAAUAG